AUGCGCGCCGCCCUGGCGGGGCUGCUGCUCGCCGCCCUCCUCGCCGGCGCCCGCGCCCGCCCGCAGCCCCCGGACGGAGGACAGUGCCGGCCGCCCGGAUCGCAGAGGGAGCUGAACUCCUUCCUGUGGACUAUUCGGCGCGACCCCCCAGCCUACCUGUUUGGCACCAUUCAUGUCCCCUACACCCGCGUCUGGGACUUCAUCCCAGAUAACUCCAAGGCGGCCUUCCAGGCCAGCGCCCGCGUCUACUUCGAGCUGGACCUGACAGACCCCUAUACCAUCUCGGCGUUGGCCAGCUGCCAGCUGCUGCCGCACGGGGAGAACCUGCAGGACGUGCUGCCGCGCGAGCUCUACUGGCGCCUGAAGCGCCACCUGGACUACGUGAAGCUGAUGAUGCCGUCAUGGAUGACACCGGCUCAGCGUGGCAAGGGGCUCUACGCCGAUUACCUGUUCAACGCCAUCGCCGGCAACUGGGAGCGCAAGAGGCCCGUGUGGGUGAUGCUCAUGGUGAACUCGCUCACGGAGACCGACGUGCGCUCCCGCGGUGUGCCCGUGCUCGACCUCUACUUGGCCCAGCAAGCCGAGAAGAUGAAGAAGAGCACAGGGGCCGUGGAACGCGUGGAGGAGCAGUGCCAUCCGCUCAACGGGCUCAACUUCUCCCAGGCAUGUUGGAUUGAAACCGCAACCUGGUCUUGAUGCUUGAGUUGAACCUACUUGAUCAAGCC